AUGACUAUCCCGGCAAGACCAAACAUUCUGCGCUCCUCUCUUCUAGGAUCAAGCUACCAAUAUCAGCCCAUUCGAUUUAUCACUACCUACUGGCCCCAUCAACUAGACAGACCAGACGUAUCGCGGGUGGAUUUUCGCAGGACCAGGCCGAAAAUCUUGAAGACUCUGCUACGGCCAGUGCACCAAGAUGCCAAUCGGACACCAGACUCAUCUAUCCAACCGCAACCUCAGGGAAGCUCACAUUCACCGACUCAAUUGGCAAACUUGAUUUCAACACCCCGUCGCUCUACUGAAGAUGAUUAUUCAGCCCCAUCGAUUGUCAAACCUAUUGGAAUCAAAAUAAGCCAGUCGGCAAUUGAGCAGAUCGAGCGGGUACGCAAGAUGGAUAACAAGCCAAACGAAGUCCUACGUCUGUCUGUCGAAAGUGGCGGAUGUCAUGGAUUCCAGUACAAGAUUGCAUUCACUGAAUCUGUCGAGGAUGAUGAUUUUGUAUUUGGAAAUCGGAGCGGACUCGUGGUAAUCGAUGAGGGCUCUUUAAGCCUGAUGGACGGAUCAACUAUUGAAUUUGCGACCGAGCUCAUUGGUAGUAGCUUCAGAAUCCUCGAUAAUCCUCACUCAGCCGGAAAAGGGUGCGGGUGUGGAGUGAGCUGGGAGCUUAAAUGA